UGAUCGCUAUGCAAAUAAGAAGUGAUGGCUAGCUCGAUCUCCUGGGUCCUGCUACUCUCAUCGGCCCUGCUAGCCGCAACCGCCUACAUCGGCCGCGACGCCGGCCAAGCGGCCGGAAACGUCGCCACCACGCACCUCCACUUCUACAUGCACGACGCCUACGACGGCCCGUUUCCCACGGCCGCGCUCGUCGUCACCGGACGAGCGCCGCUCUCAUUGCCGCCUGACGCUAACGCCGCCGGUGAGGCAACGCCUCCCUCCGCCCACAGUCGCAGGUUCGGCGACAUCGCCGUGAUGAACAACGCGCUCACGGAGGGGCCUGAGCGCGGCAGCGCGCGCGUCGGCACGGCACAGGGGUUCACCGUGCGCGUCGCGGAGCACGGCGCCGUGAACGACCUGAGCCUGUACCUGGUUUUCCAGGCCGGCGAGUACGCGGGCAGCUCGCUGUCGGUGAAGGGCAGGGUAGAUACCGACACCGGGGUGCGCGAGUCGGUGGUCAUCGGCGGCACCGGCCGCUUCCGGUUCGCCAGGGGCUACGCGCUCAGCAGGAGCUACGACUACGACUUGGCCAAUGGAGGCGUCGUGGAGAUCGACGUGUACGUUCAGCUGCCACCAGUUUAACCAUCUGCUUCUCUCUGUGUUCGCCGCAUGACGUCGAGUGUGCUUACUGAAUUUGAAACAAUGGCGUUCCAGGAAAUAAAUACUGUAUACAUAAUUCGCUA